UAGAAUGUGUAUAGUACACAUGCUCUCGGAGGGGAGGAUACCACAAUCAAUGAUAACGUUGAUUGAUGAUUUUCGUCAGAAAUAAUCGGCUUGAAAAUACUUUUUUCAUCAUGUUGGAAUCCACCAGGGAGAUCCUUUCCGUCCGGGGGUUUAUUUUGGCUAGCGGAUCCCCAAGACGUAAGGAAUUAAUCGAAAAUUUGGUAAGACAGCAUACGAGCACAUGGUACUUCAGUGUGUUUGUAAUCAAGUCACAUGGCGUCACGCGAUGUGUGAAAGCUCUGAUGAAAGUCGAAAAUUCAACGGUGGGGUUAAAUCCAGAAAUAGUUUCAUCGAGAUAUGACGAAAAUCUUGACAGAAAUGACUACAAAUCGCAUGGAGAUUUCGUCCAGGAUCUUGCGUACUUCAAAGUGAUGGAGGUAUACGAUCGCUUGAAGAACGACAAUGAGAAACCAUUCCUUAUAAUUGGCGCAGAUACAAUCGUCACCAUAGGGGCACAGAUUUACGGGAAACCUAAGGACUCUUCCGACGCUGUCAGGAUGUUAUCUAUCCUCGCUGGACAAACACAUACCGUUUACACUGGAGUAUUUCUUAAAACAAUGUUUAAAGAGGUCAAAUUUUUUGAAAAAACUGACGUGAAGUUCGGCGAUAUUAAAAUUGAACAAAUAGAAGCCUAUGUCAAGACCGGAGAGCCAUUAGACAAAGCUGGAGGGUAUGGUAUCCAAGGUGUGGGUGGCUGCCUUGUGGAAAGUAUAAACGGGGACUUUUUCACUGUAAUGGGCCUUCCGCUAUUUAAGUUAACAAAGCACCUCAAUGAAAUCUGUACUAGUGGUUUUUGUGACCAAUAAUCGUGUGAGUACUUGAAUUAUUAUAUAAUGUAAACAAAGAACUUUAUCAAGUUUUAAUCGUCAUGCAAUGCACCUAGUAUAAUUGAUGACACCUAAAACUCUUUACGGAGAUCGAAGGUAGAAUCGGCAAAAAAACAUCUUUCAUGCUGAUGUAAUUCUUUGUUCAGUGUUGUAAAACGAAACUUGCAUACACACCCAUCCAUAGUUUCAUCCGAAACCGCAUGAACCUGAUAUUUUGGUGUGACGGUUCACCGCGAUAUCUCGUUACAAAAUUAAUACGAAAAAAAGAAUAAUAAUAAAAACAAUCGCCUGCAAAUUAAUAUCAGUCAUUAAUUAGUACUACGUAAUGUUCAAUAUAUCUAUGGUACGUACGUACAUGCAUAAUGUACUCAACGAUAUCUUACAAUUAGCAUCUUCAGAAGAAAUUGAUGUAAUCUCAAAAUAAAAUGAUUAAAUGAAAGUUUUCAUAA